CGUAGGCGGCCCGUUAAGUCCGUGGACUCUCUUUAAUCAGUUCAGGGGGCAUUCGUGGAAUAUAUAAAAAGCGUGGGCCCAUUUUACUCUUCUGCUAUCUAUACAAAUCGCGCCGAGCAUUCGCCAUAUUGAUCAUGCCGACCCAAAAAGCUAUCGUCCUUGAGGGGGAGCCUGGAAAGGCGUCGCUCGUCACCGAUCGCCCGUAUCCCCGGCACCGACCUGGCUUUGUCUACGUGGACGUCAAAGCUGUAGCCCUCAACCCUACCGAUUGGAAGCAUGUCGACUUCGCCAACCGCAAAGGGCUGUUGCUCGGUUGUGACUUUGCGGGCGUCGUCGCCGAACUGGGCGAAGGCUACACCAAAGACUGGAAAAUCGGUGAUCGAGUUCUAGGCUUCGCCACUGGAGCUAACGAACUAGAGGCAGAAGAUGGCGCUUUUGCUGAGCGCAUCGCCGUCAAAGCCGAUGUUGCUCUUCGCAUACCCGACAAUAUGUCCUUUGAAGAGGCUGCCACCUUGGGUGUGGGUCUCAUCACCGUUGGUCAAGGUCUAUACCAGCAGAUGGGACUUAACCGUCCCAGCAACCCAACCACGAACGGCGAAUAUAUUCUCAUCUAUGGUGGAAGUUCAGCCACAGGGACGUUGGGUAUUCAGUUUGCCAAAUUAUCGGGAUAUAAAGUCAUCACGACCGCGUCGCCUCGCAAUUUCGAGCUGCUCAAGUCUCUCGGGGCCUCUGAGGCAUUCGACUACCGAGACCCGGAUGUCGCAGACAAGAUCAAAAAAUACACCAACAACAGCCUCAAACUAGUGUGGGAUACCAUCUCCCUCGAGCCGUCGGCCAAGAUCUGUGCUGAUGUGAUUGCGCCUGGAGGAACGUAUGGAACGAUUCUCGGCGUCAAGUUUCCUCGAGAUGACGUCAAGAUGACAUUUUCAUUGGGCUACACUGCAAUGGGUGAGCCUGUCCGAAAAUUCACGUUCAGAAUGGACGAUACCAGGGAAGACUUUGAAUUCAUGAAGGAGUAUUUGAAGGAGGUGGAACCUCUUCUGGCGCAAGGCCGCAUCAAGCCUCACCCGCCAAAAGUGGGCAAGGGCCUCGAAAAUGUGAUUGAAGGACUUGAUCUGUUGAGACAUGACAAAGUCAGUGGACAGAAAUUGGUGUAUACAUUGUAAUGUCGAUGGACCAGUCACGCUCCAAGUAGCAGCAGCUUUUCCACUAUCUCAAAGCAACUGUUCACCCUGUUCCAUAACAUGUCACGUGGUUCUUGAACGUAGGCGGAAAGUGUGGCACCAGGAACAGCACGACGAAGCAGGACAGGGAACAGAGGGCUGGGCUUCUUGACCGCCGAGACAAAACACACAGUAGUGACGAGCAGACCCAAACGGUUCAACGUUUCAAGUUACGGAGUGUGCAGAUACCAAGGGACCCCAAGAGCUGUCGUCGUAAUCACUGUGUGUUCAUCCAGACAAUAAUGUGGGACCAGAAGCCAACCAGGAAGUUAGGCGCUAAUAAGUGAGAUGCUGAAGGGCUCGCAUCGUAUUAGAGGGCUGAGGGGCAGGGCGUGGAGGGGCAGAGGGGUAAGUUAGGUGGUUAGGUAUCCAGGCACCGCCAGGACAUGAGAGCGAAUUGUUGUACAUGCGAAUAGGCAUUUACCAUUCACCGUGGCACAGACUCAC